CAGCCUGGUACUGUACUGUACGUAUUUAUUUGCAACGCAAUAUUUUAUUACGUGUAUCAAAUUUCUACGUGUACCGCAAACAUGGCCGCUUCUUUAUUUUACGUUUUGGCGUUCUUUCUUAUGUUGGGUGCAUUUCAGACGACAGAAUCAGCUCCACUCGCAAAUACCAAUCAGGAGCAAUUUUUUGACGAUUAUGAAGGCACGGAAGCCUACCUUGAAUCAUGUAGUCCACCUUUGAAAGUAAUUUUUGAGAAGACUUUACUGGACCCUGCCGGCCAACUGAGGAGCAGCUUUGGCCGAGCGUGUCCCCCGAAGUCCCCGCAGCACCAAGUUUCCAUGUUGUGUAAUAUGUUUGCGUACAGAAUCAAUAGUAUGUGCGACCUCUCCAAAGCAAUGUCCAAUGCUAAUGAAGAAUUCUACACGACGAUGACAAAGCUUUUCAUCCAGUAUUCACCUACACAGAUUGCCAUGAAUGAAGGCACAUUUUGUGCCGAUAUGACUGACCCAUCGAUGACGGGUAAACGACAACUUGAUCAAGGGCCGGAGGAUAAGGCAAUCAGUCUGAGUCCGUGGGAGAUCUACUACAUGAGACAGGCAGGGAUACCUGUCGCUGGACCCUUACCGUUGGAUUCACCAACUUGUUCACGACUCUGGCGAGCAAUGCAAUGUGACACACGUGAGCUUAACGUCAUUUGCCAGGCCUAUGCUUUUCUUGCUACGAGAGAAGGUCCUAUCUUGGAAGGACAUAAAGGAUUGCUGUCCAUGUAUGGACAAUCUUUAGAGAACAAAGAGCCACAAGAUCCACAAGAACAAGGGAAUAGUGACUCGCAUCAAUCAGAAACUCCAGAUAAGGGCCCUAACAAUGAAAUACCCAAUCCAAAUCAAGAGAAUCCACUUGGGAACCCAAAUGGAAUGCCCAGUACCAACCAAAGGAUUCCAGUUGGGAACCCAAUGCCAGUUAACAACAAAGCUACUCCACUAGGGGGCCCUAAUAAUGAAGUGCCCAUUAACCAAAAUACUCCAUUAGAGGGCUCUAAUAACGAAGUGCCCAUUAACAACCAAAAUACUCCAUUAGAGGGCUCUAAUAACGAAGUGCCCAUUAACAACCAAAAUAAUCCAUUAGAGGUCCCUAAUAAUGAAGUGCCCAUUAAUAAAAAUACUCCAUUAGAGGGCUCUAAUAACGAAGUGCCCAUUAACAACCAAAAUAAUCCAUUAGAGGUCCCUAAUAAUGAAGUGCCCAUUAAUAAAAAUACUCCAUUAGAGGGCUCUAAUAACGAAGUGCCCAUUAACCAAAAUACUCCAUUAGAGGUCCCUAAUAAUGAAGUGCCCAUUAAUAAAAAUACUCCAUUAGAGGGCUCUAAUAACGAAGUGCCCAUGAACAACCAAAAUAAUCCAUUAGAGGUCCCUAAUAAUGAAGUGCCCAUUAACCAACAUACUCCAUUAGAGGGGGGCCCUAAUAAUGAAGUGCCCAUGAACAACCAAAAUACUCCAUUAGAGAUCCCUAAUAAUGAAGUGCCCAUUAACCAACAUACUCCAUUAGAGGGGGGCCCUAAUAAUGAAGUGCCCAUUAACAACCAAAAUACUCCAUUAGAGAUCCCUAAUAAUGAAGUGCCCAUUAACCAACAUACUCCAUUAGAGGGCCCUCAUAAUGAAGUGCCCAUGAACAACCAAAAUACUCCAUUGGUGGGCCCUAAUAAUGAAGUGCCCAUUAACAACCAAAAUACUCCAUUAGAGGGUCCUAAUAAUGAAGUGCCCAUUAAUCAAAAUACUCCAUUAGAGGUCCCUAAUAAUGAAGUGCCCAUUAACAACCAACAUACUCCAUUAGAGGGCCCUAAUAAUGAAGUGCCCAUGAACAACCAAAAUACUCCAUUGGUGGGCCCUAAUAAUGAAGUGCCCAUUAAUCAAAACACUCCAUUGGUGGGCCCUAAUAAUGAAGUGCCCAUUAACAACCAAAAUACUCCAUUAGAGGGUCCUAAUAAUGAAGUGCCCAUUAACAACCAAAAUACUCCAUUAGAGGGUCCUAAUAAUGAAGUGCCCAAUAAUGACCAAGAUAUUCCAGGAGGGGGCCCUAAUAAUGAAGUUCCUGGUAGCAACCAAGAUACUCCAAAUGGAGGCCCUAAUGAUGAAAUUCCUCAAGUAGAAAAUCCUGGUUUGAAUGAAGGGAAUCGCCAAGGUGAAGAUGAUUCUGAGAGUGACUAUGAUGAGGAAGAAAAACCCGGACUGCGACCUCCAGGGGACUAUGGUGAUGAUGAUGAGGAUGAUGAUGAUGAUGAAUAUUCGGAUAGUGACCUUGACAAUGAUUCUGAUGGCGCUGAUGAUCAAUGGGGCUCGAACCAAUUUGAGAAUCAGGAGGAGAACCAUAAACCAGAGGAAUUUCUCGGAGACCAAGGAAAUCAGGAGAUGAAUCCAGGCAUCCAAGAUCAAGAGCCUGCUCAGGUAUGCUUGUCAUAGGAAAAAAAUACGCGGGGGGCUCCAGGCGAUUUUGCCCCAGAAAUGCUCAUAAGAGCCUCUAAAAUUCCCCAUUCAUUGCAAUGUUAAAGCUUAUCCAACGUUGCAGAUUUAGGCCAUCGAUUGUGAAAAGUAGACCCUG